GGCGUAUCAGGAGCGAGUACAUGGCGCUAACAUAUUCAUGGGACUGGUCGUCUGCAAUGACGCGAAAGAGCUGGAGGACAAGUUCGAGGCUACGAAAGGUCGGGCCAAAUCCCUGUUCAAGAACGACGGCCUCUUUCUCGAACGUUACAUAUCGUCCGCUCGACACAUCGAAGUACAGGUCUUCGGCGAUGGCCAUGGACACGCGAUACACAUGGGCGAACGCGAGUGCAGCGUCCAACGAAGGCAUCAAAAAGUCCUUGAAGAGUCACCAAGUUCGUUCAUGGACAAACAUCCAGACGUACGGCAGAAGAUGUAUGAUGCAGCGGUGAAGCUAUGUCAGUUAAUCAAGUACGGAUCUGCGGGGACAGUCGAGUUUAUCGUGGACGAUUCGACUGCCGAGUUCUUCUUCCUGGAGAUGAAUACCCGCCUGCAAGUCGAACACCCGGUCACAGAGGCCGUUCACCCUGGUCUUGACCUCGUAGAGCUCAUGAUUAAGCAAGGCAUCGCGGAACGCGCUGGCGUCCACCUAGCGCCCGAUCUCAUGGACCAGUCCCACUAUGGAUCGAACACCGCACAACUUCACGCCAUCGAAGCGCGGGUGAACUGCGAAAACCCUGCAACUAACUUUAAGCCAUCGCCUGGGGUGCUCCAACUCGUAGAAUUCCCGAAAGGAGACUGGCCCAGGCUCGAAAACUGGGUUGGCACCGGCACUACGGUUACACCCUUUUACGAUCCGCUGGCAUGCAAGCUGAUCGUUACCGGUACCUCACGCUCUGAGGCUGUCUCGCGUCUGAAGCAGGCUCUAUCGGAGACAAAGAUUCUCGGUCCGCCAAACAACAUCUCGUACCUCGAUGCUAUAUGUAGCUCGAAGACCUUCCAGGACGGGAACGCCAUGACCACAUUUCCGGAGCACUUCAAGUUCACGCCCGGAGCAAUGGACGUCAUUCCGGGCGAGGUUGAGACCACUGUUCAAGAUCUCCCUGGGCACCUAACCGGGCUCGGUAUGCCUCGUAGCGGGCCUAUGGACCCCAUGGCAUUCAUGGCGGCGAACGCGCUCGUUUCGAACGACGUCAACACCGAAGCUCUCGAAGUUACUCUCGCCGGUUGCAAACUGUACUUCCACGUACCAGCCGUCGUCGCGGUUUGUGGUCCUCCGGUAUCGCUGACUAUCAACAGGGAGCCGGAGAAGAUAUGGACGAAGGUGGUGGUACCGGCGGGCGGCAGGCUGGUCGUCGGGACCUUGAAGGAGAAAGGGAUGAGAGUUUACGUUGGAGUGAGGGGCGGGUUCCCGGGGAUACCGAAGUAUCUGGAAUCGAAGUCCACAUCCAUGGGAUUAGGAGGGUAUCAGGGACGCUCAUUGACUGUCGGUGACCAUAUCGAGCACGAGGGAACCACAGAACAUCCCAACGCCAUCCUGGAGCGUGUCGAAGAUCCAGCGCGCUGGACAACAUUGUUCUCGCCUACGCACAUAUGCAGUUGGAACGUCGAGCGUCGAACGUUUGCUAUGCGCACGAUGCCCCAUGUUGCAAUUGCUACUCCGCACGGCGCUGGCGUUGGACGUCGACUCGCUCACGACACGCCGCACAUGCGCAUGCAUUAGCGUCUGCUGCUUUUCCAGGGUACUCCCACCUUACUUGCUCUGGAUCUUUAUCAAUGUUCGCCUAUCACGAGAAGGUAUUUGGCGGACGAACAUGCGUUGCACGCGGUGCUGGCGCACAAGUGGCUCAGCGUCGACGCGGGCUCGGCGCCAGGCGGCGCGCGGGCGCGCGAGGCCAUCACAUUUCUGGCGUGGGCAAAGCGCGAGCUGGACGAGCUCGGCGGGCGUGGGGUGAGCGUCGGUGGCGGCUCGCGGGAGGAUGACAUGCGCAAACGGCGGAAGGUGUGCGGCGGAGGCACGCACGAGGCCGAGGGUCGAGAGCAGGACCACCGCCGCUGGCAGCUGGUCAUCGACGAAGAUGACGACUUCAUGAUCCCUUACGCAACGAUUUGCAGGGUCGUGUAUAUGACUGCGGUACGCGAGCGGCGCAGUUGCUGGGUUAUAUUCACAAGACGACGGUUGUCGGAAAGGCGCACGAGCGCACUGGUAAUGUGGCAGUGCACAACGGCGGUCACACAAAUUCAACGGUAUCUUUCUCGAUACUCUCCUGUAUCAUCUCUUGUUAUAAUAUUGUUCUAUAAGAGAAAUAUUAAGGAGAAAUUUGGC